AUGCAAAUUUUAGUAAUUGUGGUGUCUGGUGAAACGGGGUGUGGUAAAACCACACAACUACCUCAAUACAUCUUAGAGUCUGAAAUUGAAGCUGCUCGUGGAGCAGUUUGCAGUAUUAUCUGCACCCAACCCAGACGAAUAUCUGCUAUGUCAGUUGCUGAGAGGGUUGCUGCAGAACGAGGGGAGAAGCUUGGAGAUUCUGUUGGGUAUAAAGUUCGGCUUGAGGGAAUAAAAGGAAGAGAUACUCGCCUGCUGUUUUGCACUACUGGCAUUUUGCUUAGGAGAUUACUACUCGACAGGAGCUUGCAAGGCGUAACUCAUGUCAUUGUUGAUGAGAUCCACGAACGAGGGAUGAAUGAGGAUUUUCUUCUUAUCGUGUUGAAGGAGCUUCUUCCUCGCAGACCAGAACUGAAGUUAAUUUUGAUGAGUGCAACCCUAAAUGCUGAGCUUUUCUCCUCCUACUUUGGUGGAGCUCCAAUGAUGCAUAUUCCUGGUUUCACUUAUCCAGUUCGGAGCUAUUUUCUGGAGAAUAUUUUAGAAAUGACUGGAUAUAGGCUGUCAACAUAUAAUCAAAUUGAUAAUUAUGGCCAAGAGAAAUCAUGGAAAAUGCAGAAACAAACUCUUCGUAAAAGGAAGACCCAAAUUGCUUCAGCUGCGGAGGAUGCUCUUGGAGCUGCUGAUUUGAGAGAGUUAAACCCGUGGACUAGGGAUUCCCUGUCAUGUUGGAACCCGGAUUCAAUUGGGUUCAAUCUUAUUGAGAAUGUUGUUUGUCAUAUAUGUAAAAAAGAAAGGCCAGGUGCUAUUUUGGUGUUUAUGACUGGUUGGGAUGAUAUAAAUUCUAAAAUUUCCAAAUGA